CAUGAAAACAACAAGCUUAUCUUUUCAUGAUUUGCAUAGUUUAUAUCAUGUGUGGUACUCAUUUCUCAUAUCUACCCACUUUCUUUUCGUUUUCUUAUCUCCUAUUCUUUGUCUUUCUUUCUUUCCUGCUCUCACAUAGAUUUACUUUUUCUUUAGAAAAUUAGGCCAUAAAAUUUUACGACAUAAACAUCAGAGGAGAAAACUGCGGCCUAUUGACAUUACCUACUUUCAUUUUCAUGUCGCGGUACACACGUCCAUCACACCCUCCCUCACCACACGCACACACACGCAUGCGCACAUGCAUGUUUCUAUUAACCUUUAAGGAGCUGUUCAAAUGUAACAAACAAUGUGCACUAAAAGAUGUUUGUAAGUAACAUAAUAUUCGGCUUCAUAUGAACAAUAAUAAUAUAUAUUUAUAACCAUAUAGCUCAGGCGUCGCUUUACUGUAAAAACACGAGAGAACACUUCUGUACCUGGCUUCGGCAAACACUGGGAACUUUAGCACUCACUGACCUCCUACUAUGAAGGCAGGCCCUAGACGAUAAAAUAUUUAUUUUUAUUUUAUCAUUGAUAUGCCCCACAUUUACACUUUCCCUUUGAAAUAUAAGAUAUAUCUUCAGCAAGAUUAUUCAAUGUGUUGUAAAUACGACUUGUGUUUUUUGCUUUUUAUUUAUUUAUUUAUUUAUUUUUUUUUUUGCUUCAGGUACACAUUAUGCAAUUUAAUGUAUUUGAAUAUUCGAUUUCUUUCGUGGGUUGUAAAAUCUCGCUACCGAGGGAACUCGGUACAAACAGUCCCAGACUGUCACUGCGAUAUUUAAUUUGCAAGAGUGAUAACAUGAUAACGUUUUUUCCUUUGAAGUUUUAUGAAAUGGCGGACAUUGACUGGAUGUCUUUCAUUCUCUUUGUUCCUUUGAAGUAAUUUUUAUCUACUAUUAGUGUAGGUAAUCAUCAUGUCACUUGCCACCUAUAAAUCAUUUAGCGUUGGUUAGCAGACAAAUGUUUGCAGUUUCUUUCGAGACAGGUUAGUGGGUUGUGAGGAGAAUGCAUUAAAAUAAAAUUCUAAUCUUUUUAUCUUAAGUCGUAGCCUUAUGUUACUCAGAUGUUCUUGCUGCUAAAAUAACUCUCCUGUAAUGCCCUGGUAACAGUCUCCUGGCAGUGUAACGCAAGUAAUGUCGUUUCCAAAGAGGGGGCCGUCCGGUAAUGUCCGCUUUGUGGAAGGACCAGUAACUCUGCCCCGACUGACUCACGUGUACCUGCCGGAGUUACAUCGCCAGUUGACCGAACGCUCACCUGUGGGGCCUGUGGGUCGAGCCCUGCAGAGAUUUGUGGACUUGGGGCCUGGGGAGGCAGAGGACCCGCUAGCUGUUGCCACUGCCAGAGCCCAGCUACAUGACAUUCUUAAGAAGAUCGAGCUUUCUUUGCGGCGAAACCGUGUGGGGUUGGACGUGCUUCCGCCGGUGCACGUGCAGUGUUUCACGCACUGGCAGGUGAGGCCCACCACGACUGUUACCUGUCUGAUGCCAUGCAACGUUCAGCAGGCGGCGCUGGUGCCGACACAAGCUGGCCGUUUUUUAAUCAGACUACCAACCAACGCGAGGCGGCUUCAUCAAACCCUGCCGAGAGAAGUGCGUACCAGCGAUGGUCAGCUGGCGUCACCACGGAAGCUGCACGUCACCUGCGCCAGACUGUGGAAGACUGCGCUGAUGAAGCAUGGAGUGUCUGAUGCCGACAUCACGGUCAGCCUCGCACCUGGCGACCUCAGAUUCAGCAUCAAACUGGCAUGUGGGUGGCAUGCCGAUCUCGUGCCCUGCUUGUGUCUACCUGAGGACGACGGUAUCUAUUACGUCACCAGGGACUACGCUUCUUUUGAGACUCAGGGUCAGGAUGAUCUGACCUGGAAGCCAUGCUUCAGCUCGCGAGAAUACCAGCUCCUUUGUUCCAUCUGCCGCACGGACGGAAGUCUGCGCAUGCGCGCUCUGCACCUCCUCUGCCACGUCUUACCACGUGACUGGCGCCUGCGGCCGCUGACGUGCUACCACCUGCAGACUGCAGUGCUGCACGACGUGGACUUCCACGUGGACUUCUCCCCGCGCUGGCAGCGGCGGACCCUGGAGGGCUGCGUCCACUCCAUCCUCGCCACCCUCCUUCACUUCCUGGAGAGACAGAACCUGCCGCACUUUGACCUCCAGCCGGUGAACCUGUGGGCGGCCUUGACCCCCAAGCAACUAGCGGUGGCUCGCAGCGCCCUCGAGCGACUUUUGACCAAUGAAAAUGCGUUGAUCAGCUUGUUGCGGCGAGCUCUGGUGGCUGACGGAGGCGAGAGCUUGGACGUGGGACUGACUUGAGGUCAAAGGUGACGGGCUGCACCUGGGAUGAUUGCUGAGUAGUGUUUGACUGCCCUUGUGUCAAAAUACUGUCCUUAUUUCCAUGGCAACACUUUGCAGCUCCACCACUCGGUGUAGCUUUCAAUGACACGGCCAUCCGUUAUCGACGACACAAAUGGAAAAUAAACCCAGAUAAUCUUCUUUCCUUGUAACAUACUUUAGUUUUUAUCUUUACCAUUCACGUUGAUCAUAAUCAACACAGGUAUGCGAUAGGUCUACAUUAAUGACAUUGCUUCAUGGGUCAUCCAUGGUUGACGGUGUUUGUCCACUCCUGCUUUAUGACUGAACGCUCCUAUUGAUCAAACUGUUCAGUCAAGAUGAAAAACCGGUUUUACAAGUACAGUGCGGAUUAGUAAAGCAGCAUCAACCAAGACAGGCUAGCGUGUAAUAGAGUUUCAAAAAUGCUUCUAAGGAUAUAUCCGGAUUUAUAUAAAAAUACUACCGCCAAGGAAUUUAGCACUCUUCAUUGCUUUUGUGUGUUUUCCUUCUUUUUACUAUAUCUCCUCCCCUGUGUAUGUUUUACGCGCGGCAAAUCCACACUGUUAAUCUUAACCACAGUUUUGACAAAAAUAAACAAGAGUAAACGUUGCUAUCCUGAAAACCGUUAAAAUAAUUCUGACCAGGUAUGUACAGCUGUCUGCUUUUAUUAAAUAAAGAUUUUAAAAAAUGUUGUGAAUGCAAAUUAAUUUUGCAUCGCCAAUUUAAAAUAAGAUUCUGUAUCACUAAUUUUAAUUUCCAUAUAUUAAGGAACUGUAUAGAUUACAUCCUUGGAAGUAAUUUUCCCCUUCACAAAAAAGGUAUUAUCUAGAAAUUUAUCUAGAAUCCUCAAACAUUUUGUAAAAAUUUGUUCUUUUUGUAAUUGUCUAUGCGCCUAAUGCAUGUAAUUUUUUUUAAUGACAGCAAAAUUCAUGCACCCCCACGAAGUUGCAGCGCAUCAGUUUUGUAUUUAUAAAUAACCUAU